UGAGCCUUAUCCCUUCAUCACUUAUCUCCUUCAUCCCCUCCAAUCCUCAUCUGUUCGUCACCGUGGAGGAAGGCUCAGACUUUUUCACUAGUACAGCCACUAGCAGUCAGCCGGUGGAAGCUGAAACGGCUCAAAGGGGGAACACAGGUGUCUGCGAUCGGGAGCUGCACAGGUGCAGAAAAAGAGAAAAGUGUCGUUUGGUUUUUCAUCAGUAACAUCAACAAACAACUCUCGCCAUGGCAGCUGAGAAGGCUGAAAUGGAUGCACUGAAAAAGGAGUGUGAUGGCCUCCGUGCACAGAUUGAGGCGGCCCGCAAAGCUGUGAAUGACGGCAGCAUGUCUGCAGCAGCAUCAGGGGUGGCCUCAGUGGGUCGGGUCCAGCUGAAGCUCAGGAAGACACUCAAGGGUCACCUGGCUAAAAUCUAUGCCAUGCACUGGUCAGCUGACUCCAGGCAGAUGGUCAGUGCAUCACAGGAUGGAAAGCUGCUCAUCUGGGACUGUUUCACAGGGAACAAGUUGGUUGCUGUUCCACUGAAGUCUGCUUGGGUGAUGAGUGUCGCCUUCGCCCCUUCUGGUAACCUGGUGGCCAGCGGUGGUCUGGACAACAUCUGCACAGUUUACAACAUCAAGGCGGCCAGCCCCAAAACCCUCAGAGAGCUGGACGCACACACAGGUUACCUGUCUUGCUGCCGUUUCCUUAGCGAUACUGAGAUCCUGACAGCCUCCGGUGACACCACCUGCUGUCUGUGGGACCUGGAGACCGGCAAGCAGAAGGUCAUCUUCACCAACCACAUUGGGGACUGCAUGUCGCUGGCUCUCUCCCCCGACAUGAACACCUUCAUCUCUGGAGCCUGUGACUCUCUGGCCAAGCUGUGGGAUCUGAGGGAAGGCGCCUGCAAGCAGACUUUCUCCGGACACACCAGCGACAUUAAUGCCAUUUCUUUCUUCCAAAGUGGUAAUGCCAUCAUCACAGGCUCCGAUGACUGCCAAUGCAAGAUGUACGACCUGCGCUCCGACCAGGAGGUGAUUUGCUACCAGGACGCCAGCCUGAACGCCGGGGUCACAUCUCUGGCUCUCUCCAGCUCAGGCCGCCUUAUCUUUGCAGGUUACGAUGACUUCAACUGCCACAUCUGGGACUCACUGAAGGGAGAGAAAGUCGGCGUGCUCUCCGGUCAUGACAACAGGGUGAGCUGCACCGGCGUCCCUGAUGACGGUAUGGGCGUCUGCACAGGAUCCUGGGACAGCUUCCUCAAACUGUGGAACUGAGGCGUCCCUGCAGAGAAUAACACCAGGAGACGAAGAAGAAACGGAGCAGGACGAGAGGAGAGGAAAAUAGUGGCAGAGAAGUGAGGCUGGAGAUUUGGUGCAGAUAUUUGACCUUCCUCUCUUUCUUUUUCCCGCUCUGCUUCUUCCUCAUACAUGUAUGCAAAUUUUAAAAGGUUGCGAAUGAGUCAUAUUGUGCAUAUGGCAUCAGUUAAACAAUGCACGAUGCAUCCCACUGCAUGUACAAGAAAGCUUUACUGUGGAUUUAUUUGCUGAAAAAAGUAAA